AUGUCUUCAAUUCGUUUUGCUCGCGCUUUUUCUUCACGUGCUAAUGCAGUAAAGUUCAUUGCUAAUGCAACACGUCCAAAAACUGUUUCGAGCACAAUUCCUUUUCGUACCCUUGCUAUUCCAAGUUUAAACCGUUCUUAUAGUACUCAACAAACACAACAAAAAGAACAGCCCGAACAAAAAAGUAGUAGCGGUAGUGGUAGGGUGCUAUUCUUGUUAGGAGCUGGUCUUAUAGGAGCGGGAGCUGGUUAUUAUUUUUAUAGCGCCGCAAAUUCUUCAGAAGUUUCUCCUACCAUAGCGAAAGAAACCCUUGAUUAUCAAAAAAUUUAUAAUCAAAUAGCUGAUAUUCUAGAAGAUAAUGAUUGGGAUGAUGGUUCCAACGGACCAAUUUUUCUUCGCCUUGCAUGGCAUGCAGCUGGCACUUAUGAUAAAGAAUCCAAAACUGGCGGUAGUAAUGGUGCUACUAUGAGAUUUGCUCCUGAAUCUGAUCAUGGUGCUAAUGCCGGACUUAAGCAUGCUAGAGAUAAAUUAGAAUCUGUUAAACAAAAGAAUCCCGCUAUUUCUUAUUCUGAUCUAUGGAGUUUAGCUGGUGUUGUUGCUAUUCAAGAAAUGGGAGGUCCGACAAUUCCAUGGAUUCCUGGACGUAAGGAUGCUGAUGUCGCAACAGCGUGUUCUCCCGAUGGCCGUCUUCCUGAUGCUUCUCAAGGUCCAUCUCACGUACGAGAUAUUUUCUAUCGAAUGGGAUUCGAUGAUCGUGAGAUUGUUGCGCUUGUUGGAGCUCAUGCCCUAGGUCGUUGUCAUACCGAUCGUAGUGGUUACCAUGGUCCUUGGACUUUUAGUCCUACCACAUUUACAAAUAGUUUCUUUAAGGAACUUUUGGAUAGAAAAUGGGUUGAUAAAAAAUGGAAAGGACCAAAACAAUUUGUUGACAAAGAGUCUGGUGACCUUAUGAUGCUUCCUGCUGACAUGGCUUUACUUCAGGACAAAAAUUUUAAGGUUUGGGUUGAGAAAUAUGCUAAAGAUGAAGAAUUAUUUUGCAAAGAUUUUGCUGCUGCAUUUCAUAAACUUGAAGAAUUGGGUGUACCAAGAUCUGGAAAUGAAAAGGUUUAUCAUUUUAAGCCAACUGGUGAAAAUUAG